AUGAAGUCGACCCCUGACACAAGAGAUAGGAGCAAGUAUUGCGAAUUUCACCGGGAUCAUGGGCAUACUACAGAGGACUGUCAUGCUUUACAGCGAGAAAUUGAAGCCCUUAUCAAAAGAGGAUUUUUAAAGAAUUACAUUGCAUCCGGUGGAGACACAAGUAGUGGGCAGAAGCAGUAUGCCCGCCAACAUGCUCAUACCCCAAGAGAAUCUAGUGAUGAAAUUAAAGACAUCACUUUUGGUGCAAGAGAUUUGGAAGGAAUAUCAUAUCCUCAAGAUGAUGCCUUGGUCAUUUUUGCGGUUGUGCCUAACUUCAAAGUAAAGAGGAUUCUGGUUGAUAAUGGGAGUGUCACGAACAUACUAUCGCAGGAGGCUUUCGCCAAAAUGGGAAUCUUUCCCAAGCAGCUCAAAGCAGUAAAAACUCCCCUACAAGGAUUUGGUAGUGGAAUCAUUAUCCCUGAAGGCAUCGUCGAGCUCCCGCUUACGUUAGGAGCUGGUAGUACACAAGUGACGUAG